GACCAAGAGAACAUCUGCUGAGUUCAGGAGGGCAGAGCUGCCUUGUCCAGGUCCUCAGACCUGUCCCUUCAGCUGGAAACUCAACUCACAGUAAGAGCUCACCAUGUUUCUCAAUGCAUGCAUCUAGGUUUUACAUUCUGAAGCAUACAAUUAUCCAAAUGAUUUUUUAACUUGGUGCUGGGCUGUCAAUUAAUGUAACUAGUGUUUGUUCAGAGGCUGAUCUACAUAAUUUAAAGUCUGAAGAUUAUUGUUGCAGUUUUUAAUCACACAGAAAUAAAUGCCAGAGGUACCUGCUGCAAAGCUAGAAGAACUAGAAAUAGUCAGGCAUGGGGGGAGGGUAGGGGCUUGUCAGCAUCACCUUGGGCCUUUUGGGAAGCAGGCAGGGAAAGGCAGAUUGAUUUAAGACAGCCAGCGAGGGACAUGGAUUCUACUGGAAAGGUCUGAAAGGCAGAGAGGGGACAGAAGUUUAAGUCAGGCAAGAUUUGUAAUCAGUUAAGAGACGAGCAAGGUAGAAUUGCUGUGGGUCCAUUAUAUAGGUUGAGUACUGGAGAUGGCAAGAGGCACUAAGAAAAACAGCACACCAGAGACAUGGUGUCAGGAAUUAAAAUGUGAAAGAAGUAUUGAGGGAAUAAUGGAGAUUCACCUGGUGGGAACUUAAAAGAGACUAGGGAUAGGUUACAAGACAGUCCCAUGCACCCUUACUGCCCAUGGAUUGGCUGAGAGCAAACAUCAAAAGCAAAAUAUGCCAGGAGGGAUUGGGCAUAUCUCACUGGGUGUGACAGGGCUGUCAUUAUUGUGCACAGACUAAUAUAGGUGUGUACAGGACCUUGGAGUAAUUAACAUGUGUCAAAGAAAGGAAUCCCUGCCCCGACCAGCUGAGGUUCACACCAUCUAAGGGAUUUAGGUGCUUAAAUGCCAUUCAGGUUUGGACCCUUGCAGAUAAAAAGAGAGCCAUGCAGCCCAGGCAAACAACAGGACCUGGUGUGUUACUGCAGGAAUCCUCCAUGGAACUUGGAGGUCUCAGAGUGUUUGAAAGAAGGAGAAAAAUGGUGCUAUCUGGGCAUAGACUAAUCAGCAGUAGGAUGUGUCCUAUUCUCCAUGGGCAGUACCAGAUCAGGAGAAUUUGGGCACAAAAUACCAAGAGGAAUCUGGUUAUGAGAUUCACAUCCUUGAAUAGGCACAAGCCAAAUGACAGCAAGCUCCCAAGCUGGCCAGAAGUGGAGACCAUAUAUCAAGGGCCUUUGCUAGAGUAGCCAAGUUCCAUGGAGAUGCCUCAGAUCUUCAAGCAGAGUCAUUCUGUCAGUGCUGCCUUUCAAACUGCCUGCAAGCCUAUGGAGGGAACUGGAGGGAGUGGUUUUAUAGCAGAAAUGGUGCAUUCACUCUCUAUAACCUCCACCUUGCGGUUCCUUCCAGAUGCUGCUGCAGGUCACUAACAAAUCAGAGGAUCAGAUACACUAGGAGAAAUCAGAUUGUUCUCCUUAGCUGAACUCCUCCAUAGCUGGAAACUAUUUACCUUUUACAAGGGACACAAGGACCAUUGCAGACAUCCGUGAUAUCCAACAUAAACUCUGUAGAAAUCUAUUCCCCCAGGGAAAAUGGCUGCAUGGGAAAGCUAUUAUUCAAGUUCCCUAAGAAUGGUAAUGUCAUGUCAGACUGAUUGCUCUUAGUGCAGGGGCUGAUAGAGGGCUGCAAGGAAUGGUAAAAUCAUGCUCAGCUCUCAGAAUGGGUCUGGUAUAACAAUGCUGCUACACGCUCAAAGAGGUGCCAUGGGCCCUGGUGCACCCUCCCUGAUGUAAGGAAUGGGCAUGGCACAGAGCUCAGGGAAGUGACUGUGUGGAAAGAAGGGGGAAAUGGUAGGAGCAUGGAGAGCAUUUCAGCCUUGAGCCUUGUAACAGAUGCCUUGUACAGAACACUAACCCUGAAGGAGGUGCAUUGGCUUCUCCAUGGUGGUCAGCAGAGAUGGGACAAAGUGGCAGAUCUCAGCUCCAGAUCUAGUUCCCUAAGCACUAGUAUGCAUAGAUCAUAGCUCAGGAAGGGUGUGCAGGCUGGAAGCCUUGUCCCAGCUUCCCUUCUCUUUUGGGCCCCAAUUCAUAUUAGCACCUCAGCCUCAAGGCCUAAGGCAGUUACUGAGAGUCAUUGCCUUCAGUGGGAUGCCUUUAUGUGUUCCCUCUGGAGUGCAGAGUUGUGAAGGGGCCUUGAGGAAUAGAUUUCCCACAUCUUGUGGUAGUUUAGAGAGUGUUGUAGGUAGUUAAGAUAGAUGAACAGGAAUCAGGACUCCUGGGUUCUUUUUCCAUCUGUCAUUGAUUUGCUGUGUGACCUUUGGCAAGCCCCUUCCCUUCUCAGUGUCUCUAUGGAAAUAAGGGAUAGAGAUAAAGACUGAUCUUCUGAGAGGUUGUGACACGUGCUUUAAUUAACAGCAUGAGGGAAGUGCACCUUCAGAUAGCAGGUGUCAUAGGUAUGAUCCAGAUGUGGGGGGUCAGGGGUAAUGGUACAAGCCUGGGAUGUCCAAGAGUCAAGGGUCACAUUACCAUGGAGUUCAAGCACAAAGAGGUAAGCAGGAUCUGGGGACUAGGAGUUAGGUAAAGGGGUUAAGGCUAGGCAAAUGUGCAGGUAGCAGUUAGGCAAGAAUUUAGGUAGGAGCUGCAGGUUAGGAGCUAGAGGAAUAGCAGGAACCAGAUCAGAUAACAGGGAACAAAACAUCAGGAACCAGAUUAGGAAACUCAGAACCAGAAAUCAGGAACCAGGGCCAGGAAUCAAGGACCAAACUGGGAGCAGGAACCCAAGACUCAGCAUCAGGAGCACUAAGAGCAUUACAAGGGAUACUGCUUAUAUGCAGCAGCAACAUCCAAACAUUUGAGCCAGAUGGGGGCACUUAGGCAGCUGGCAGUCAGGCCCCCCAGGAUAUCAGGGCCAUCUGAGGCUUGUCUGUCUGCCCACUGCUCAAGCCCCCUACAACGGGCUAGCAAGGGAAAUCCACUCUGAACCCUGAUUUCCAGAUUCUGGUGUCACUUGCUGGUUUGCUCAGUCAGACACUGCUUUGCAUUUCCCCAUAACCUGCCAUGACUGUCCGUGGUGAGGAUAGGGCAUAUGGGCAUUGAUAAGUGAUGGCCAUGCUGCUAAGUGCUUCUGUGCUGCCAUUUUAGGGGGGUGGGGUAGAGAAGCCAUCCCCAGAUGUAUAGGGCAGAAUUCUGUUUCACCUAGUGGAUGACCAGAGCACAGUCUGGGACUAAGUCUAAGGGCCAGAUUCUCUUCUACUUAUUAGGCACAUAAAUUAAUUUGGGUACCUCAGUGUACUCCAUCUAGCUCCAGUCUAUGAAAAACAGUUAAUGCAAAUGAUGGGUGGAUUCCUCUUUUCCUCCCUGCAUUUUUGUGACACAGUCUGAAGGAUCAGAUGACUGUGCGUUACAAGAUUUCAUGCAUUCAUGGAUUUUCAACUACUUGAGCAGGGUAGAAUUAAAGUCCUGAAGGGUUAAUUAAAGCACAUGUCACAACCCUUCAGGAAAGCCAAAUCACUUAUGUAUCUAACAGGUGGAACAGAGUCUGGCCCUGAGUUAGCAUAUUGUUGUGUAGGAGUGAUGCUAUUACCCCUCUAAGUGUGCAAGUGUCCUCAUCAUAGGAAUAGGAUUUGCUCUGGAGACACACAGGUAUCUCUUUCUAGAAUGGGGGCACUUACAUGCCCCAGGGGGUAAGAAAAUAACUCCUACUCAGUGGUUGAGUAGCUUUCUGCUCAUAGUCACUGCUGGAAGUGGUGGGCUCAGCAAGCAUUGUUGGAGAAUACAGGUCCAUUUGUAGGGUCGGCUCCUUGCAAGGUUCAAACUAAUCACCCUCCUUCUGUUCCUGUUGUAUACAUUCCCCAUUGGGGUAGCACAGCACAGGACACACAGGAUUCCAGUACCUUCAAGCAAAACUGCAGGUGGGAAUGCCCAUUGAAGCCUGGGCAGCAGACACUGGGGACUCUUGCUGCGGGAUCAGUAACAGGCCUUCCUGAAGGAAAUCAGGGUCCUUCUCUCCCCCCGACAGCUGAUGUUUAAUGAAAUUCAUUUGCUUCCCUGUUUCCCAUAUUGGAAGCAGUUUCACAAGGCAGAACAAUCCACAGCUAGGCCUGAUGCUGAGGUGCUGGAACUGUAUUGUGAGCAAAUCACAUGGUCCAUCUGCCUCACCCCAGCAGUGCCACUAGGAUGCAGCCUCCUCUGCCAGGGCUGCUCCUGCUACUUUUCAGCCCCAUGCUGCAGACUUCAGUUUCCCUUUUCCCUGCAGAAUGGAUGCCAGGAAGCUGAUGCUACCAUUGCUGUCUGUGGCUUCCCUGCUGCACAUGGCUGCCACACUGAGGAUCAGUGCUUUCAACAUCCAGGCAUUUGGAGACAGCAAGCUAUCCAAUGACACUGCUGCAGAUAUUAUCAUCAAUAUCCUGUCUAGGUACGAUAUUGCCCUGGUGCAGGAGGUGCGGGACUCUGAUCUCAGUGCUGUGACAAAGCUCAUGGACCAGCUCAACAGCAUGACAAUGGAUGCCUAUUCUUAUGAAAGGAGCAAGCCCCUGGGCCAGGAAAGCUACAAGGAGAUGUACCUCUUCAUCUACAGGAAAGAGGUGGUGUCUGUGGUAGACAGGUACCAGUAUGAGGACCCAGAGGACAUCUUCAGUCGGGAGCCUUUCAUCAUGAAGUUCUCCUCUCCCUAUUUGAAGGUGAAGGAGUUCGUGCUGGUGCCCCUGCACACACGCCCCCACACAGCCGUCACAGAGAUUGAUGCCCUCUACGAUGUUUACUUAGACAUCAUUGACAAGUGGGAGACUGAUGAUAUUAUGUUCCUGGGGGACUUCAAUGCUGAUUGCUCCUAUGUCAAAGAAGGGGACUGGGAGCAUAUCCGCUUGCGCACCAGUGAGGUGUUUAAGUGGCUCAUUCCUGACGAUGCAGAUACCACAGUGGGGAAGUCAGACUGUGCCUAUGACAGGAUUGUGGUAUGUGGCUCUAAACUGAGGAAAAGCAUAGUGCCCAAGUCUGCAACUGUUUACAAUUUCCAAAGAGCUUUCAAGCUGGAGCAGGCAGAGGCCCUGGCUGUCAGUGACCAUUUCCCUGUCGAACUGACACUGAAGACUCACUGAAGGAUCCUACUUCAUACACCAAUGCUGCUCCGAUCUUCACCCCCUCUCCUACUGCAUUAAAUGCACUCACCAGCAGCAGCAUGCACAGUCCCAGCAAACCAGCUGCUGCCUCCUUCUCAACUGGCUGGCAUUUAAGUCACUGCUACAU